AUGUGGAGAGGUGAGGUGGUGACCAAAAUAGGAUGUGUGUUGCACAAACCUGCAGUCAAUGCUGAUAACGUGACUGCCAAUGAUACUCAAACAACAAAGCUUGCGAGCCUCGACAACUUGUUUGAGUCUGUCAACCAUGUUCGAUGUUUUAACCAUACUCUCCAGCUUUCCGCAAAAGCUUUGCUGAAACCAUUCAGCUCCGAGUCAUCAGCAGCAUCGACAUCUGAAGCCAAUGAUGAUGUGGAUGAUGAUGAGCCACCACUUAUGUUAGAUGAUGAUUCGGAAGUAGAGGAAGUUGACUUGACAUCUGAGCUUGAUGAUGCUGAUGACAAUAUUGAUGAGUUGGAAAUGCUCUCACAAGCCAAUCACGAGAAGAUGUUAGAUGACACUGCUGCUGUCAAAGAAACUAUUGCAAAGCAAUACAAGAAGGCUACCUUGUUCUUCUCUCAGGACUCAGCCACUAUCGCAGCCAUGAUACCGGCGAUGGACAAACUUGAUAGCAAGCUCAAUCAACAGACAAAGAAAGCAUAUCACCCUGCGGUUGUGUCGGCUAUGCAGCUUGCGAAGAACAAGAUGGAUCGCUACUGGAAGAUUACAGAUCUCUCCAAUUCCUACAUCCUGGCCUGA